GCAUCAACAUCAUCUUCAGUUCAAAAAUCAAUAACAAAUAAACAUCUACGAUGUUCAUCACGUUCGGAUUCACGUUCAACAAAUACUUCUACAUCGACAAAUUCAGAUACUGUUCACGAAUAUCCAUCUCUGUCUGCAUCAACAUCAUCUAAUAUAGACAUACAAAAAAAAGAUUCUUUUGUCAUAAAUGGAACACAUCAAAAAACAUCUGAUCAAGUUUUUCGAGCUAUGUGUAAUGGAAAUUCACAACGAAUGUUACCUCCACUAUUUCAACCAUUUACAACUUCAUUUAUGAAACAACCAAUAAUUUUUCCACAUCAUCGACCAUCAUCGACAUCAAUUCCAUCAUCAUUUGAUUUUCGUCGAUUACAAUCAUCGUGCAUUUUUUGUAAUGAACAAUUCUCUGAACUUAAUCAUUUACUUCAACAUAUUCGAAAAACUCAUGCGGUGACAUCCAGUACAAAUACCAAAAAUACUACUUUAACAUUAGACAAAAUCAUUUUUUAA